AUGAGAUUCAUUUGGUUAGCGUGCAUCUUUAUUCAAUUGGUUCAGGCCAACUAUGGCUUUGAAGAAUGGAGCAACAAUGAUUUGAAACAGUUUUUACAAGACAACAAAGUCAAGCAAGACCCAAGUUGGGAUAAUGCAAAAUUGAUUGAAGUUGCCAAUAUUGAGGCCAAGAAAUUGGAAAACGGUUACAACAAAUUAAAGAGUGAAUUGGACAAGCAAUUGAAACCAAAAAGAAACAAUUUGGAAGAUUAUUUGAGCUUUAGUUACUUGUUUGGCUCUUCAAAGGAUAAGAAGCCAAUUCUGGAUUGGUUUUUCGAAAGUUGGGAUUUCGAGUCAUUGAGCAAGUUUUUGAAGCAUCAUGGCAUCAAAGUAGAUGAAAAGGCAAACAGGAGUGACUUGUUGAAGUCUCUCAAGAGCAAGUUUGGCUCAAUUGCCAAGAAGAAUAAAGGUUCCAAUUUCUAUCCUGGUGAUUGGUUGUAUGAAUCUUGGUCCGAUGACGACUUGAAGAAGUGGUUAAACAACUACAAUAUUGAAUUUGAUAAAGCUGCUUCAAAGAGCAGCUUGAUUGAAAAAGUCAAAGAGUACAACUACAAAGCUACCAAUGAUAUCAUUGAUACCAAGGAUGCCUUGUUUGAUUCAUUGGACUUAUUUGACAAAUCUAUUUUCGACAGAAGUGGACAAAUUAGAGACGAAUUUUUUGAAUCUUGGUCUUAUUCGCAAUUGCGUGAAUGGUUGUACUUGCAUGGUUUCAUCAACACCAAGCCAGAUGUAUGGGUUGGUGAUUUAGAUAAGGAAACUUUGAUUAAAAAGGCUCAAAGUUACAAAAGCUAUCUUCUUGAUGAUAUCCAAACUUGGUUACAACAUGCUGAGAAAAAGAGUGAGCCUUGGUUAUCCAAAGGGGAACUGGGAAAAGGUGGUAGAGGAGCCAAGAACUUGAUCAAUGAUACAUUUUUUGUUGGAAUUGAAAACUGGUCCAAAGAUAAGUUGCGCGAGUUUUUAAAUGUACGUAAAGUGCCAUACUCCAUCUUUACCACGAGAAAGCAAUUGGUUGAUUUGGUUAAAGAGCAUAGAGGUGAUCCAAUUCACGUCGAGGCCGAUGCCUAUAUUAUUGAUAACGAUAUCUCCACCAAUUCGAUUAAGGAAUGGUUGCGUGAACAAGGCCAAAGUGUUGAAGGAUCAAGACAGGAUUUGAUUGCUGCUUUCCAAAAACAAUUCAAGAGUCAUGGCUCUGGUAAGGAAAACAUUGAUUCACAAAUCAGGUUGCACAAACCAGAUUUGGAAAGUUUCAAGCACUACUUGACCAGAAAUGUUGUUGAUGCCGAAUCUGUUGAUGAAGGCAAAUUGAAGAAGGCAUUCAUCAUUGUUGAAGAGUAUUUUCAAAAGGCGGUUGAGGUUGCUCGUGAUGAGUUGAAAGAAGCAGAAUACUCUGUCGAAGAAGCCUUGCAAGAAAUACAAACCCAAAGUUACGAAUACGCUGGUCGCUUUUUGAAUGAGAUCAGCGACGAUGCAGAAAAGUUCUCAAACUUGGUUUAUGAUGCAAAAUUGGCUAGUAAUCAAUAUGCUCGAUCAACGAUUGGAUCGUUAAUUAAAGAUUGGAAAAAGGUACAGCAAUCAUUACUUGGCGGCCAAGGCAAAGGGUCUUCCUCUUCAUCAUCCUGGUUCAGCAAAGGCAAGAAGGAGGUAAACAACGGCGGGCAAGCAGUUUUGGACAAUGCCAACGAUCAAUACCAAGCUUUGGCUCAAAAGUAUGACGAGUAUGCUCAACACGCCAAGGACUUGUAUGAUGAGUACUUAACCAAUGCAGGUGACUCGGUUGAUGAUGCAACCAAGAAAGCUGGUAAGAAAUAUGAAGAGUUAGCCAAGGAUGCAAACUACAAAUAUGAUCAAUACAAGAAACUCUAUGGCAAACAAGCUGAUGCUGUUGCUGAAGCUGCAGGAAAGAAUUAUGAACGUGCUGUUCAAGAAGCCAACAAACAAUAUGAUGCAUAUUCCAAAUUGAUUAGUACUAAUUUGGAAUCUUUACUCGGAACUGCUGGCAAGCUGUAUGAAUCUGCAGCUGCUGAAGCUAGCAAGAAGUACGACGAAUAUGCUGCUGUUGCUGGUGAUGCUACUGAUAAUGCCAAGAAGGAAGCUGGAAAACAAUAUGAAUUGGCAUCAGCAGAAGCAGCAAAGAGAUAUGAGGAGUACAAGAAAUUGGCUGAUAAAAAAUAUCAAGGAUUGUCGAAGCUUGCUAACAAGCAGUUCUCAGAGUACUCCAAGUCGGCAAACAAGAAGGCUAAUGAAUUGUCAGCGGAAGCUGCCAAGCAAUACGAAGAAGCUGUCAAAGCAGCUAACGCCAAGUACGAUGAAUAUAGUAAACUUGCCGGUCAAAAGUAUGAUGAAUGGUCCAAACAAGCUUCAUCUAAAGCUGGUGAUUUGUACAAAGAGGCUGGUAAACAGUACGAAGCUGCUGCAAAAGACGCUCUGGAGAAAUAUACCAAGUACUCAUCUGCACUUGGAGCUUGGGCUAGUGAUGUUGGGGCCAAAGCUAAGGUCAAGUAUGAUCAAUACUCGGACGAUUUGAGCAAACAGGCUUACGAGCAAUAUCAAGUGGCGUCAAAAGAUGCUGCUAAGAGAUAUGACGAGUUUUACAAAUUGACUGGUAAAAAGUAUGACGAGUAUUCUGAAGAGGCAUUGAAGGCAUUGGACAAGGCUUCCAAAGAGGCCGCUAAACAGUAUGCCGCCGCUUCAAAAGAUGCUGGUAAGAAGUACGAUGAAUAUUCCAAAUUAGCUGGAGACUUGGCUGUUGAGUAUGGACAAAAGGCUAGUGAUUUGGGUAAAGAUGCUGGUGUUAAGUUUCAAACUGCUUCAAAGGAAGCUUGGAAAUCGACUCAGGACAAUUAUGUCAAGUACACGCCAGUAUUCCAAGAUUGGUUGAAAAAUCAAUACCGCUCCGUAUUAUACCACUUGGGAAUAUUCAAUACUAAACUCACUGAUGCAGCCGGUGCUGCCAAGGAUGAGUUGGGUGAUAGAUGGGAUAGUAUUGUCAAGACUUAUUCCAAUGCUGAUUUGAAGUCGUAUUUACGUUCAUUUGGAUACAAUUACAAUUGGUUGUCUAGUUUGAAUCGUAAAGAAUUGUUGACGUUGGCUGAGGCCCAAAACAAGUUGUUUAACGGAUACAAGUCGUUGAAGUGGGAAAGACCUAUUAGUGAAGUGUUGGAAGAAAAACUUGGGUUGGUGAAGCGUCAUCCUGAAGGAAUAAUACAACACGUUAAGUCAUGGUUGGGCUUGAAGUGGUAUUGA